AUGAAGAUAUUCAUAGCUCUUCUUCUCAUCGCUACUAUUGCUAUUACAUUUACUUUUGCCGCUGAAGAUAAGAAAGAUAUUGGUACUGUAAUUGGUAUUGAUCUUGGUACAACAUAUUCAUGUGUUGGAAUAUUUAAAGAUGGACGUGUAGAAAUUAUUGCUAAUGAUCAAGGCAAUCGAAUAACACCAUCUUAUGUUGCAUUUACAUCUGAAGGUGAACGAUUAAUUGGUGAUGCAGCAAAAAAUCAAUUGACAUCGAAUCCAGAAAAUACUGUAUUUGAUGCUAAGCGACUUAUUGGUCGAACAUUUAGUGAUUCAAAUGUACAACAAGAUAUAAAACAUUUUCCAUUUAAAGUUAUAGAAAAAAAUUCUAAACCAAUUAUUCAAAUUAAUACUGGUAAAGAGGAAAAAUAUUUUACACCAGAAGAAAUCUCAGCUAUGGUUCUUGGUAAAAUGCGUGAAAUAGCUGAAGCUUAUCUUGGAAAGAAAGUCACACAUGCUGUUGUUACUGUUCCUGCUUAUUUUAAUGAUGCACAACGUCAAGCAACAAAAGAUGCUGGAACAAUUUCGGGUUUGAAUAUAAUCCGUAUUAUCAAUGAACCAACAGCUGCAGCAAUUGCUUAUGGUUUAGAUAAGAAGGAAGGUGAAAAAAAUAUUCUUGUUUUUGAUUUGGGUGGUGGUACAUUUGAUGUAUCAUUAUUAACAAUUGAUAAUGGUGUAUUUGAAGUUAUUGCAACAAAUGGUGAUACACAUUUAGGUGGUGAAGAUUUUGAUCAACGUGUUAUCGAUUAUUUUAUAAAAUUAUUUAAAAAGAAAACUGGUAAAGAUGUACGACAAGAUAAGCGUGCUGUACAAAAAUUACGACGUGAAGUUGAAAAAGCUAAACGAGUAUUAUCAUCUCAACAUCAAACAAAAAUUGAAAUUGAAUCAUUCUUUAAUAAUGAAGAUUUUAGUGAAAUAUUAACACGUGCAAAAUUUGAAGAAUUAAAUAUGGAUUUAUUUCGUUCAACAAUGAAACCAGUACAACAAGCUUUAAAAGAUGCUGGUAUGACAAAGAAUGAUAUUGCUGAAGUUGUUCUUGUUGGUGGUUCAACACGUAUUCCUAAAGUUCAACAAUUAGUAAAGGAAUUUUUUGAUGGUAAAGAACCAUCACGUGGUAUUAAUCCUGAUGAAGCUGUUGCAUAUGGUGCUGCUGUACAAGCUGGAGUUUUAUCAGGCGAAGAACAAACUUCUGUAACUAUAAUAGAUAUUAAUCCAUUAACAAUGGGUAUUGAAACUGCUGGUGGUGUAAUGGCAAAAAUAAUUCCACGUAAUUCAGUUAUUCCAACAAGAAAAAGUCAAGUUUUUUCAACAGCUGUUGAUAAUCAACCAGCAGUUACUAUUAACAUAUUCGAAGGUGAACGACCAAUGACAAAAGAUAAUCAUGCAUUAGGAAAAUUUGAUUUAACUGGAAUACCACCAGCACCACGAGGUGUUCCACAAAUUGAAGUUACAUUUGAAAUUGAUGUUAAUGGUAUUCUUAAAGUUACUGCUGAAGAUAAAGGAACAGGAAAUAAACAGAAUAUUGUAAUCAAUGCAGAUACAAAUCGAUUAUCACCAGAAGAAAUUGAACGUAUGAUAAAAGAUUCAGACCAAUUUGCUGAUGAAGAUAAGAAAGUAAAAGAACGUGUUGAUGCUAAAAAUGAACUUGAAUCAUAUGCUUAUUCAUUAAAAACUCAAUUGAAUGAUAAAGAAAAACUUGGUGGAAAAUUAUCAAAUGAUGAUAAAGAAACAAUUGAAAAAGCUGUUGAAGAACAAAUUCAAUGGUUAGAAUCAAAUCAAGCUGCUGAAAUCGAUGAAUUAAAAGAACAUAAGAAACAACUAGAAGAAAUUGUUACACCAAUUAUUACAAAAUUAUAUGGACAAGGCGGAGCAGGAUCUGAUGAUGUACCACCACCCUCACAUGAUGAUGAGAGUUUGUAA